AGCAGAGAGACAGGCAGGUGGGCAGGCGGAGAGGAAAAGCUUUACUAAUGUCUGGCUGAGAGACAAACGGUGGCACGAUAAGCUCAAGUUUGACAUUUUGUUGGAUUUUUCCUGCAACAAAAGUGGAAUUACUGGACUUUGGCUCAUGAUUCACUGCUGAGUGGAGAAGGUUGAACGUUCCUUUUGGGUUUUUUUAUUGAGAAAACAAAGUCAUUUCCACCAGUUUCACUUUGCUCCUAAAUAUGACUUUUUAUUGUGGUCGUCUCUAAAAAAAAAGAAAAGGCGUCUGUAUCUGUUGGUGGGAUUCCGGCCUGUCAGCUAUUUUGGUUCCUGUCUUGCUUUCACUGUUUUGUGAAAGGAGAUGUAAGAAGGAAAGAAGAGGGGAGAGCGAGAGAGAGAGAGAGAGAGAGACAGAGAGAAACGACACAGAAAGAGGAGGGUCCGAGAGACGACUGCAGAGCGAGCGUCUCGGAGAGUGUCAGUAGUGUUCAGAGGACGCUGAGAAGAGUACAAGUGACUCUCUCCUUGUCUUUGGUCCCAGAAGAAGAGAAAAAGCAUCAUGGUUCGGUGGUUCCACAGAGACAUCACAGGCCUGCAGGCCGAGGAGAUGCUGAAGACUCGGGGGAUUCACGGCAGCUUUCUGGCUCGACCCAGCAAGAAAAUCGCCGGGGAUUUCUCCCUCUCUGUCAGGGUGGGCGAGCAGGUGACCCACAUCCGGAUCCAGAACACGGGGGAUUUCUACGACCUGUACGGCGGGGAGAAGUUCGCCACCCUGUCCGAGCUGGUGGAGUAUUACACACAGGAGAAUGGCAUCCUGCAGGACAAGGACGGCACCGUCAUCGAGCUCAAAUACCCCCUGAACUGUUCCGACCCCACCACAGAGAGGUGGUACCACGGUCACCUGUCAGGGCCCAAUGCGGAGAAGCUGCUGUGGGUGCGGGACGAGCCGGGGACCUUCCUGGUGAGAGAGUCUCUGUCCAAACCCGGAGACUUCGUCCUGUCGGUGCUGACGGAGGAGACGGGCAAAAACGGAGCCAAGAGGGUCGCCCACAUCAAGAUCAUGUGUCAGAACGACAGGUACACAGUGGGAGGCUCGGAGAUGUUCGACACCCUCACAGACCUGGUGGAGUUUUACAAAUGUAAAGGCAUCGAGGAGCUCUCCGGGAACUGGGUGCAUCUCAAACAGCCGUAUCUCUCCACCCGGGUGAACGCUGCAGACAUCGACAACAGGGUGAAGCAGCUGGAUCAGACGCAGCAGCAGCAGGAGGGCGAAGGGGAGAAGAUGAAGGCGGGCUUCUGGGAGGAGUUUGACGCUCUUCAAAAGUUUGAGGCGAAGGUGAAGAAGAGCCGAGAGGAAGGUCAGAGGCCAGAAAACAAGAGCAAAAACAGAUACAAGAAUAUUCUUCCCUUCAACGAGACCCGGGUCAUCCUGGAGGACACGGAUCCUGACGUUGUGGGAUCAGAUUACAUCAACGCCAACUACGUGAGAGUAAGUCUUCCAAAAGUCUCUCGAGAUGUGAUAGAUAAUCUUCAGAAAAGCUGUUUUUUUUUUUUUAACUCUUCUUUAUGUUUUUGUUUCCCCCAGAACAAACUGUUGGAGAGCGUGGAACAAAAAGUUUACAUCGCCACCCAGGGCUGCCUAGCAACGACCGUCAACGAUUUCUGGCAGAUGGUGUGGCAGGUGAAAACGAGGGUGAUCGUCAUGACGACACGAGAGGUCGAGAAAGGCCGGAAUAAAUGUGUGCCGUACUGGCCCGACCCUCAGACCUCUAAGGAGUACGGCCCGUACGUGGUGACUUUGACUUCAGACAGAGAAGCUACAGAUUACAAGAUCAGAGUUUUGGAGAUCGCUCUUGUGGACAAGCCGAAACUUUCCCGCACCAUCUGGCACUACCAGUACAUGAGCUGGCCGGAUCACGGUGUCCCUCAGGAACCCGGCGGCGUCCUCAGCUUCCUCAAUCAGGUGAACUCCAAACAGGCCGACUACCCCGAUGCCGGACCCAUGAUCAUCCACUGCAGUGCUGGAAUUGGUCGAACAGGCACGAUUGUGGUGAUCGACAUGAUCAUCGAGACCAUCGACAAUAUAGGUCUGGACUGUGAUCUUGACAUCCCAAAAUACAUCCAGAUGGUGCGAGAGCAGCGCUCAGGCAUGGUACAGACGGAGGCCCAGUACAAGUUCAUCUACCUGGCUGUGUCUGAGUAUAUUCAGACUACCAAAGCCAAAGACUGUGCCUCCAUGGAAACUGAGACAGAGUAUGGAAAUCUGCAACUCACCAAACACCAACCAGCGAGCAGGAAGGUCUCAAAAAACAAGGAGGAGCUUUACGAGAAUCUGUCCCAAACAAAGAAGGAUAUGAAGAAGUCAAAGUCGGACAAGAAAAGCGGCUCUGUGAGGAAGAGAUAGAAAAAGGUUUUAUUAAUGUUGUUGUAUUUAUGCAGGCACUCUUUUGGUAAAGGAUUUAUAUUUUAAAUAAGACAAUAUGAAUUUGUGAAAUUAGAGACAAGAUAAGCGGUUUACUUUUGUUGUGUGACAUGAAUGCUUUGUUGAGAAUAAAGUCAGUGUGUAAACAA